UUCAAAAUGGCGGACGAAGUUGAUAAAAUUGAAGGAAAGGUUGUUCAGAAGAUAUCAUUCUCGUAUACAUCCCCAUUCCCUGAUGCCUUGUCGUGGUCCUGUGAUGACAGAAUAUCCGUUGUCACGGAUCAAUGUGUUUAUGUGAUUACAUUAUUAUUUUCAGAAGACGUAGUGAAGUCUAGCUUAAAAUAUCAUUUAUCAUGCAUCCAAGCUCACCAGGAAUGUUUCAUGUUUGAAACAGGAGAUAUUGAUAAUUAUGACUUGAGUAGAACAGCAUGUACAAAAUUAGCUGUUAAUCGACUACUAGAUCCUAUUGCUAAUCCAUCUAGAACAUCAGGAAUGAAUUUGACGUCGUACAGAUCUGUUGCUUGGUCACCUAGUGGCUGUGACAGCUACGGAAGGUGUAUUAUCGCAACUCUAUGCUUAGACCACAGGCUUAGCCUUUACACGACCAAUAAAACAAACAAGGAAUGGAAAGAAAUAUCCUGCAUAUCUGAAAAAUGGCACAGCAAAUGUAAAACACUAUUUGAUUCUGAUCCAAAAUUCAAGAAGUUAAAGAAAAGAAAGGGAAAUCCACAGAGUAAGACUCCUGUAAGAGAGUUAAUAGCCAAAUCAGAGCUUGAAAUGGUUUAUAUCAACAUUGUUGCAUUAACAUGUCUUGACUGGUGCCCUGUUCUACUUGAUCAUUCAAAUCAAAAGUAUGCAUUACUUACAGCAGUAACUAAGAGUGGCAAAAUCACUUUUUGGACAGUUGAUGUACCCUGUUCAUCAGAUGGUAUGGCUGAUGUUCAGCUUGUUGACAGUAAUAUUCAGACUGUUAUACCACUGCCAAGCUCUGUAGCUUGGUAUAGCAGGGAUGGCUUGGAAGGUUUACUAGCUAUUGGUGGGUCUAAUGGUCAGAUAGAAGUCUUGGCUCUCAAGGUAUCAAAAGAUUCAGAAUCCAACCUGAAAAUAGACAUUCCGUCCAAGCAUUUGUUAUGGACCGAUUGUGACGAUCUUGCCGUGAACUGUUUACAGUGGACAUACUCUAGUAAGGAGCAAUGCUCAUUUGCAACUCUGUCAGCAAGCAAAGGUUCUGCAGUUGUACAGUUCUCAGUUCCACUAUCAGAUGGGGAAAAGCUUGAAGAAUCAAAACACCACAUUCAUAAUGAGGUACAUUCAGCAUUUGUGACUGGUUUGGAUGUUUGUCAAGAUGGAAGAGUGUUCACAUGUGAUUCUGAUGGUUUGCUACAGAUGAUUGAUGCCAGUCCAAAUGUGAUUACACAUGGACAAUAUAGCUCUUCGUACACCUGUUAUGGAAUUGCUCUGUCCCCUAAUGGACUUUAUGUUGCACUACUCCACAGUCCGAACAUAACGCGUUUGCAAGUACAUAAAGGCAAAAAUAAGCAAGUAGAGGUCAGUAUCUUAUCGAUAUUUUCAGAGGAGUUUCUCUCUAAUGUCAUUACACAAUCCUCUCUUAGUUCAUUAUGGGACGUUCAGACGGCAAUCUGUCAGCACUACAGUCAAAAUGACCCUCCCAAGAAUGGACCUUUGUUAGAGUUCUUGAAUCAAUCACUGGAUAGCAUUCCUUUUCUCUCUUUAUUAUUGCGACGUCGCUUAGUGGAUCAAUUAUCAAAAAAAUCGGAAAUUGAUAGUCUUACUUCAGAAGAUGGUGAUGCUGAAUCAUUUACUGGUCAAGACUGGAAGCUUGAAAGCAUACAGACAGGACGGCAAAUUGUCAAGAGGUGUUUAACAUUAUCAUUGAAAUCUUGGCUGCAAGACUACAAAGAAUUUGAGCAUACUGAGAAAGCCUUGACAUCAUUGAUGGUAAUGAGUGACUGGUUGGUAAUGCAAUACAGCGAUCAAGAAUCGCUUGAUCUAGCAGUACAAGUCUACAACACUACAGGAAACAGCGCAAGCGCAGCACAAGCAGCGUCCAUACGAGAGGAAAGAUCAAAAGAAAGCGAGAAGGUCUUGACGGAUCCUCUUAAACAGGAAAGAGUUGAGAAACCUGAAAACGCUGUUAUUGACUUGACACAAAACACAGAACACGUGUCUUCAAAUGGACUACCCCCUCGUGAGAAAUGUAGACUAUGUCAAAAAGACGUACUCUUAACAAGUCUGAUCAGCGCAGAAUGUGCCAACGGUCAUGCGUGGAAGCGUUGCCUAGUUACGUUCUGCGUUUGCGCAGACUACUCAUAUAACCGUUGCCAAGACUGCGGUGGUUGCAUUUCUUUGAUUGGUCAAGAACAAUCACCAUGGUUACAGAAACGUUUACGCGAGACGCAGGUCUGUUCUUUGUGUCAUGGGUGGAAAGAUUCGCGCGUAUGACACGUGACUGCCAUCCUUCAUAUAGAUGUAUAGACAUAGAUAGAAAAACAUUACAUCUCAUACUUCAAUAUCUUAACCUUGCUAUUUUAUUGGACAUUUGAAACUAUUGAUAUUAUGUGGUGUGUUGAUUGAGUCCAGUGACGGGCUGUCAAUCUGUGUUUGCAUUCGUGUCUGAGAAAAGAAACCUGUAAAAACGUACGCAGUGAUUGAGAAGACUUUUAAGACAAGGAUUUGUGCCUGUUGUCUUAACGAUACAGAUGACUUUAUAGGACUAGUACUGAUAGGCAAAGGAUUAGAGUCGAUAAGAUUGACUUGCAAUAAACUCAGACUUUUCA